AUGUCCGAACCGACCACGGGUAAACGGUCCUCGAAGUCCGGUUCCAAGAAGAGCUCGGGAACCAAGGGUGAUUCCGACUCCCAAGCUCCUCCUGGUAGCCCCGCUAAGACGGAACCAAAGUCUACCCCGGCAUCACUGUCUGGUUCGAAUCAGGACGACGAAUUCGAUCUUGACCUUAAGCCUAUGACGGAUCUUAAGACAAACGAGCCAGUCUCCAACCCCAAACCCGACUCGCAGCGAAAUGAACCGAGCGGUGAUUUGCCAAUCAUCCCACUCGGAUUGGUAGGUCAACCGCUACAGGCGCCUAAAAACUGGGCUGAUCAUUUGGUUCCAAUCUUGUCUCCCUUCAUCGGAAGCUACAGUCGUAACGCACCUCAAAUCAAAGAUGUCAUCAGUUCUACCGAGUAUGCCUCGCGAAUCGAGGACGGCUUAACUUUAGGAGAAGAGUACUACCGGGGAAGUCUACUCCGGGUAAGUCAUUCGCGACAUCCUACACGAUCGGAAAUACGUACGAGUUUCAGAGAGGAGUACGACAUGCUCAACGACUUUCUGACCAACGUUUUCCAAUGCCCUACGGAAUCAGGGAAUGGAUAUUGUAUCGAUCGGAGUUUGAACUGUUCAGCACCUCGUUGGGGACCUUAUGGGUCUGCGACGGACAUCUGGAGUGCGAACGACUUCGAAGUGCUAGCGAUCUGCUAUCGACACGAAGUCGAGUCAUUCCUUUCUCGGAUCCUGGAUGCCCGAAAGGAACAUGAGACCAUCGUAUCAAACGCUGGUGACCUCACUCGACUCGGGAUUAAGCAGGAGCUUACGGGCGAAAUGGGCGAAGGAAGGAAAGAGGGUGCGUCUCUGAAGUCUCCCUUUACCUUCAAACCAUCGCGAGAGCUCACUAGCACUCCCAGAGAGGAAGGAGCUACCAGGAACGUCGCUCUCGAAACACCAAAAUCGAUGCGACAACCGCCUUCGACGACUCCGAAAACCGACGACCCGUUUGGUAAGAAGUCACGUAUCACUUACGACACAGACACUGCCGAAGGAAGAACCAUUCCUCCUAACUUCAGGACCAGAAUGAUGAGCGAAGACCCCUUCUUCAGAGGGGCACCAGCUCAGACUUCCAGUUCGCGUAAGUUCCAGGAGCUCUUUGGUUCACCUACUGACGAUCGACUUUCGAAUACCGGGAGUAAGAACCCGUUUAGGCGAAACGCUUAUCGAAACCAUUCCGAGGACGAAGACCAUCGAAACGAACCUGAACACGAAGGAGAAGGCGACAAUCCGCCUCCGUCGAUCAAUCGUUUCAAUGGAAGGAGUGGCGGAGGGCAACCAGGAGAUAGCAGCGACAGUAGCAGCAACGACGAAAGACGCCCGAACCGAGACGAACGAAGAGACCCGUUCAGGAGAGCCCGAAGAGAAGGGCGUGAAUUCCACAGACGAUCGGAUGUCGAAGACAGGUUCGUACAAUCAACGCGAUCGGUUCCAGAGCCGCAGUUUGACACCAAACUCAAGGUAGACAUUAUCCCAUCAUGGGAUGGGUCUCCAGAGACUCUGGUGCGCUGGAUCACCAAGUCCCAGGGCGCUUUACAGGGAGCGCCGAAACGUGGUACUUCAGUCUUCCGCUUCGAACCCGCGAAGGGUCUUUCAUCGAAAAGCAGAAACGACGAGCUGAUCGAGCUCAUUAUCGACAAGCGGCUACACCAGGGAGACGCCCACGAGAUGAUCACUGAGAUCAUGAACGGAGCGCCGACCAUCUGGACAAGCGUUCUCACCCCUCACCUAUUCAAUAAGUUGGUUGAAUUCCAACACACUCUUCGAUUCCACGAAGACCACCUACUGGCUCUGAACGCACGAGUAACGAGGUACGACGAACCCCUACCUUGGAAACGAGACCACGGCUCACGAAAUCCUUUCGAAUCUUUCAAGAGCGUUCGAACGAACCUUAUCGGAGCGAGCAACAAGCUGCCAGCACCACCAUUCCCUAAGGACGACAACAACGUCUCAAAGAGGAAGACCCCGGAAAGUUUAGGCGUGCGGCCUUGCAGGCACUGCGGAAGCGCAAAGCACUGGGACAACGAGUGUAAGUACGCACGACGAGCCCAGAAGAUCGCACGAACUAACUUAGCUAUGGCAGAAGAAGAGGACGAACUCGCUAACCAAGAAUACGACGACGCGUAUUUUGGAUUGGAUAGCGAAGAUGAAGGGGAUCAAACGGGUUUUUAA